AUGGAUUUGAAUUCAGUGCAAGAUCUCAAGGAUGUGCUUCGGCCAGACUUCUUCCAUGGCUACGCUACAGCAGCAGCCCAGAUAGAAGGUGCCUGGAACAAGGAUGGCAAGGGUGUCUCCAUUUGGGACACAUUCGGCCACACCCCGGGCAAAGUCGCCGAUGGAAGCAAUGCCGACGACGCCGUCCGAGCGUACGACUUCUACCGCGAGGAUGUGGCGCUCAUGAAGUCUUACGGUGUGAACGCCUACCGUUUCUCCCUCUCCUGGUCUCGUAUCAUCCCCCUCGGCGGCGCCAACGACCCCGUCAACGAGCAAGGCAUCAAAUUCUACUCCGACCUUAUCGAUGAACUCCUCCGCAAUGAUAUCACCCCCUUCGUCACUCUCUUCCACUGGGAUAUCCCCCAGGCCCUGGAAGAUCGAUACAUGGGAAUGUUGAACCAGGACGCCUACACGCCGGACUUUGUGCGCUAUGCCCGCGUCUGCUUCGAGCGCUUCGGCGACCGCGUCAAGCACUGGAUCACUUACAAUGAGCCGGGUGUCUACACCCUCGCCGGAUAUGCAGCGGGCGUGCACGCGCCCGCCAGAUCGUCGUUCCGUGAGCGAAACGAGGAGGGCGAUUCCUCCACCGAGCCGUUCACUGUCGCGCACACUGAGCUUGUCUCGCACGGUCAUGCCGUGCGCUUGUACCGUGAGGAGUUCCAGCCCCAGCAAAAGGGAACGAUCGGUAUCACACUGCAUGGUAACUGGUCUGAGGCGUGGGAUGAGGAGGACCCACGCGACCAGGAGGCUGCGGAGCGUGCGCGCGAGUUUGAGAUCGCUUGGUUCGCGGACCCGCUGUACAAGACGGGCGAUUAUCCUGCCUCAAUGCGGGCGCAGCUCGGUGAUAGAUUGCCGAAGUUUACCGAGGAGGAAUCGAAGCUCGUGUUUGGGAGUUCUGAUUUCUAUGGCAUGAAUAGCUACACGACCUUCUUUGUGAAACAUAGAACCGCUGAGCCUGAUAUCAAUGAUCACAAGGGCAAUGUGGAGGUCUUUGAUAAUAAUAAGCAAGGUGUGUCUCGUGGAGAGGAGAGUGAUACCCCGUGGCUGCGUACUGCGCCUGUGGGAUUCCGGAAGUUGUUGAACUGGAUCUAUAAACGAUACCAGAUGCCAAUUUACAUCACUGAGAACGGUACCACCGCGAAGGGUGAAACGGCCCCCACGCCUGAAGUUCUGAAUGACGAGUUCCGCAUCAGGUUCUUCGAGGGCUAUGUCGGCAAUGCGUUGGCGCGCGCUGUGAAGGAAGACGGAGUUGAUAUCAGGUCCUACUUUGCUUGGACAUUCACUGAUAACUGGGAAUGGGCCGCUGGAUAUGCGGAUCGCUUCGGUUGCACGUUUAUCGACUUUGACUCUGAAGAAAAGACUCGCUAUCCCAAGCAGUCUGCCUAUUACCUGGACAAGUUAUUCAACAUGCAGCCUGAAAAUGAUCCAAUCAAGCUUAAGCUCCAGGGCACUCCUCGAGAGAUCGGACUACAGCAUGGUCGCGCAUUGCGAGAGCAAAUUCACAGCCAGAUAUCUAUCUACGACACCAUGUUCCAAUACACCUCAAAACUAGCCUGGAAAGACGUGCGCGAAGUCGCAACCGAAUUCCAGCCCACACUGCAGACCCUAACGCCUCAUUUGUUCACGGAGAUGGAAGGUAUCGCCGAGGGCGCCGGGCUAGAUGUUCUUGAUAUAAUCGCGCUCAACUGCCGGAGCGAGAUAGCGCUGGGUAGAUUCUCCGAUGGCUGCACCUCAUUAUCCUGGAAGAAAAGCGAAACGACGCGAGUACUCUCGCAGAACUGGGACUGGACGGCGACUGUCAAGAAGAACCUAGCAAUGGUAUCAAUUGAGCAGGUUGGAAAGCCAACUAUCUAUAUGGUUACCGAGGCAGGAAUUGUCGGCAAGAUUGGGUUCAAUACCAACGGCGUCGGAACUUGUCUCAAUGCAAUCCGCGCUAAACCGAUGAUCAGUAGCAAGAUCCCGAUUCAUGUUGCGCUUCGACUGUGCUUGGAGAGUACUUCUGUCGAUGACGCUGUGAGCACCCUCGAGUCUCUGGGUGGUGUCGCCUCUGCUCAGCAUAUCCUUUGUGCCGACAGUGCCAAGGCUCUGGGGCUUGAGUUAUCGCCGGUGGGAGACAAACAUAUUCCCGAGGAUGCGUCAGGGAUUAUUGGUCAUACCAAUCACUUCAUUGAGAAUCGUUAUGUGAAUGAGCCGCCGUGGCUGUCCGGGUCACCUAUCCGACUCGAGCGGCUGGGGGAAUUGACGCAGGGGUUGAUUGAGAGCGGUCUUCAGGGCGAUGCUAUCACCCCUACUCUGCUGCGAGAACAGGUCUUCUCUGAUACAUAUAACCAGCCUCAGUCAAUAUGCUGUCAGGAAGAUCCAUCGCGUCAUAUCUCGAAUAGAAGUAGUACUUUGUUUAACAUUGUUAUGAAUUUGGAGCCGGGAAAUUUGGGAGCGGAGGUGGUCUUUGGCCGGUCUACUCGGUAUCAUCUAGUUUCCAUCAAAACCAUGACUGGACGCGCCGCCCACGGUACGUACGAAGAGGAGCGCUCCCAUUUCAUGACCACGCUGCAUGCUCAGAUCCACAUUCUCAAAGACAAGGACUUUGAGGGUAAUGUGAAGAUGGUGAUCAAUUCUCUGGAUGUUCUUCUUCGGCGGGUUGCGAGCCUGCGAAUGGCCGGACAGGCUCAUUUUCACUUUGACAACAGUAGUUGGACAGCCAGGUGUAACAAGAUCCAUGAACGGUUGGAAUAUUUUAUUGAUACUCUCGAUCGGGACCAUAGCAAUGCUGGCAGAGUUGCCAGAGAUAUCGAGAGCAUGUUGCUCUUUGUGGACUUUAGUAUCCCUCGGGAGACUCAGUACAAGAUUCGGCCAGAUCGAGCUGACCGCAGUGGUGCCCCAUCGCCUGAACCGAGACCCUGA